AUGGCCCUAAGCUUUCUCGCCCGCAAGCCCAAGCUUCUUCCCGUCGAGAGAGACGCAGACGGCACCUGGGUGUUCUUCGACGGAACGAAACGCAUAUCGGACUUGUCGAUCAGUGGAAAUGGCUACACGUCGCGCCAUAUGUUUGCCAAAGACAGCCCAUACACAGGCGCGGGGCGGGCGUCGGUCGUCACCCCGCCCUACCACUACCAUAUCUACCAGACGGAGAUAUUCGAACCGAAACAAGGUGUCAUGUGCUACCUGCUGGAAGGGAAGGAGUAUAAGGCGAGAGUGGGAGACGUGGUGACUGUGCAACCGGGGCAGAAACAUACGUUCUGGUCGGAUCAAGACGCGGAGGAAGGCCUGCACGUCGAUAUCACCGUGCGCGGCGGGGGCGAUCGCAAAGGACUGGACGAGGCGUUCUUCCACAACCUCUUCGGAUACAUGGACUCGCUCAGACAGCAAGGCCAGUCGCCCAGUAUCUUCCAGAUGCUUGCGUUCAUGGACUCUGCGGAUGUCGUGCUUGCGGACAUCCCGUUCGGGCUGGGGAGGCUUGUGAAUGUUGUCGUUGGGCGCUGGAUUGGACGGUAUCUCCUUGGUUAUCAGCCGUCGUACAAAAUCUACAACGAGGGUGUGACCCAGUAA